GUCACCACUACUAAAAAACGGCCCCCGGCUUCACAGAGAACAGUCACUCCACUGGAAAAGACUUCGCCGGCGGCGGCCGAGCGCAUAAUUAAUGGCGACGGCGACCGCAAUAACGUCUUCUCUAACGCACGGUCGUCCUCUCCUCUCGAAACUUCCGUUCUCAAAUCCUAGAAGACCAGUGGCGGCGCUUGGCACCAGAACAUGGUACUUGCCGUCUCGGCGAUUCGGCUGCAAGGAUGAGGGCCUUUGUUUAAGGACUGUUUCCUCUUGCGGCGCGACUCGCCGGAAGAGCGCCGGCGGUGGUGAGGUUCUGCCGGGAGGGAAUGACGACACUGUGCGGCGCGUCCUACAGUUGGUUCUUUGGGCCGCCGAGGGAAUUUACAUCUUCUGGCUCUUCUUGCUUCCCUAUGCUCCUGGGGAUCCUGUUUGGGCUAUCAGUUCAGACACGGUCAACUCUCUUGUGGGCCUUUCUCUGAAUUUCUUCUUUAUUCUUCCUCUAAUGAACUCUGUUGGCAUUCAUCUAAUUGAUGCACCAGUACUCCACCCGAUGGCUGAGGGACUAUUCAACUUUGUUAUUGGGUGGACUUUCAUGUUUGCUCCUUUGCUAUUCACAGAUCAAAAAAGAGACAGAUACAAGGGUUCACUUGAUGUUUUAUGGGGCUUCCAAAUGUUCCUCACAAACACAUUCUUGAUACCUUACAUGGCAGUCCGGCUAAAUGAGGCUGAUGUCCAGAAUUCACCCAGCAAGCAAUCUCAGCUGGGUUCUCUGAUGGCUAACAAUGCAGCUUUUGUGGGACUGAUCGGCGGUGCUGUCUGCCUGAUAUCCACACUAUGGGCACUUUUCGGCCGACCAGAAGGUAAUUUUGGGGGCCUCUCGGACAGAUGGGAGUUUUUGACAAGUUAUCUAGGAUCCGAGCGGCUGGCAUAUGCAUUUAUUUGGGAUAUAUGUCUCUAUAUGAUCUUCCAGCCUUGGUUGAUAGGUGACAAUCUGCAAAAUGUUGGGAAAAGCAAAGCUGGUGUGGUGAAUUAUCUUAGAUUUGUACCUGUGGUUGGUUUAGUUGUGUUCCUUCUUUGUUUGGAUCUUGAUGAGGAGGUGUGACUGUAGCUAAAUGAUAUAUUCAUCUGUAACAAUGGUGUCAUAGCUUUUCAUUCAGCUCCAUUGGGGAGCAAUAUGGGCAUCUGAAGGUUUUUGGAAAAAGGCAUUUUACUCUUGUUUCAUGUAUUUUGAAGAAAUUUCGAUAAAAAAAACUAUAGUUGACCAACUAAAACGAUUAAUUAAAAUUCUUUCCUUAAAUUUUAAAAUUUUAUAGUAUAAAGAUUUGGAGCUUUAAGCUCCCAUAA